CUUCAUGGUAAUACAUAUAGGAUUUUGGUUGGGGAUGUUAAGGAUCUUUUUAAGAUGCAAAAGGAAGCUAAAUCCAAACCCAUGAAUCUCUCCGAUGAUAUUGUUCCACGUGUCAGUCCCUACCUCCAAAAGAGUAUUAAAAUUCAUGAUUCUGAAGUUGCUUAUCAGAAGCGAACCGUUUUUAUUAUACACAAUUCAACCCCCCAUGAAACUGUUCUUAUCUCUGAAGCUCACCCAGAAGAUGCAAACUCUGAAAAAGCCCAAGAUAGUUCAGAAGUUUCUACUCAACCCAAGAAGUCAUUCAAAUAUAAGGAUUCCCAUCCAGAAGAUCUAAUCAUUCUAAAUAAAAAUGAUCCCUUAAGAACUAGAUCAACUUUCAAAGAUGAUUAUUGUAUGCUAGGAUUUAUUUCCUUGAUGGAUCCAACUUUUGUUGAUGAAGCUUUAUCAGAUGGUGUAUGGAUUGUGGCUAUGCAAGAAUAACUAAACUAGUUCCAGAUAAAUGAUGUUUGGGUCCUGGUUCCAAGACCAAGUCAGAAGAACAUUAUUGGAACAAAAUGAGUGUUCAAAAACAAGCUGAAUGAGCAAGGAGAAGUGGUAAGGAAUAAGGCUCGACUGGUAGCUCAAGGCUACAUUCAGCAGGAAGGUAUAGAUUUCUCUGAAACCUUUGCUCCUGUGGUAAGGUUUGUGGCAAUCAAACUACUUAUCUCAUAUGUUAUUAACCAUGAUAUUAUUUUAUAUCAGAUGGACAUUAAGAGUGCCUUCCCAAAUAGAGUCAUUUUUGAAGAGGUGUAUGUCAAACAACCCCAUGAGUUUGAGGACUCAGUCCAUCCAGAUUUCGUGUUUAAAAUCAAGAAAUUACUUUAUGGACUCAAACAAGCUCCUAGAACUUUGUAUGAGUGAUUGAGUAAUUUCUUGUGGGAAAAUGGUUUUGAAAAGGGUCAAGUUGACACUACACUGUUUAGAAAGACUUUGAAUAAGGAAAUCUUAAUUGUCCAAAUUUAUGUGGAUAAAAUAUUGUUUGGUUCCACUAAUGCCUCUAUGUGCAAAGAAUUUUCUAAGACUAUGCAUGUUGAAUUCGAGAUGAGCAUGAUAGGAGCAUUGAAAUUCUUCACGGGAAUCCAAAUCAAUUAAAGCAAAGAUGGAACUUACGUUCAUCAGUCCAAGUACUCAAAUGAGCGUUUGAAGAAGUUUAAUCUUGAAGAAUGCAAGAUUAUGAAAACUCCUAUGCAUACAAUAUGUAGUCUGAACAAGGAGGACAAUAGCUCCAAGGUGGAUCAGAAGCUAUACAGAUGGAAGAAUUCUUAUAUUUGGUUCGGAGCAAAGCCAAGGGUGACUCUCACAAAACCUGAGCAAAUAAAAGAUGUAUUGAACAAGAUCUCUGAAUUCCCAAGGAGAAAUAAUAAAAUUUUCAAGUCACUAGUUAGUGGUCUAGCUAGCCUUGAAGGAGAAAAGUGGAGCAAGCAUAGAAGGCUAAUCAACCCUGCUUUCCAAAUAGAAAAACUAAAGAUUAUGACACCAUCUUUCUUGAAAAGUUGCAACGAUCUGAUAAGCAAAUGGGAGGAAUUGUUGUCUUCAAAUGAAUCGUGUGAGAUAGACAUAUGGCCUUCUCUUCAAAACUUGGCUAGUGAUGCUAUUUCUCGAACCGCGUUUGGAAGUAGUUAUGAAGAAGGAAAAAGAAUAUUUCAACUUCAAAGAGAGCUAGCUGAACUUAUAAUGAAAGAUAUAGUGAAAUCUUUCAUUCCUUUGUGGAGGUUUGUACCUACUAGUGUCCAUAGAAAUAUGGAGAAAAUUGACAGAGAUAUACAAUCUUCUCUUAAAGAUAUCAUUAACAAGAGAGAGAAAGCACUGGGUGAAUCUACUACAAAUGAUUUAUUGAGUAUUCUUCUGGAGUCAAAUGACAAGGAAAUUGGAGAAAAUACACACAACAAGAAUGUAGGACUGACUCUUGAUGAUGUAGUGGAUGAAUGCAAAUUGUUCUACUUUGCAGGACAAGAGACUACUUCAGUUUUACUUGUUUGGACAAUGAUAUUAUUGAGUAGGUACCCUAAUUGGCAACAACGUGCAAGAGAGGAGGUGUUACAAAUCUUUGGAAACAAAAAUCCAGAUUUUGAUGGCCUAAAUAAUUUGAAGAUCGUUACCAUGAUUUUAUUUGAGGUUCUUAGGUUAUAUCCUCCUGUAGUUGGCCUUGUUCGACAGAUUGAGAAAGAUGUUAAACUUGAAAACUUAAUAUUACCCGCUGGAGUGGAAGUUUUCUUACCAAUUCUUUUUCUUCAUCAUGAUUGCGAACUCUGGGGAGAUGACGCUAAGGAAUUCAAUCCUGAAAGAUUUUCUGAAGGUGUUUUGAAAGCAACGAAUGGAAGAUAUUCAUUUUUUCCAUUUGGAGGGGGUCCUAGAAUUUGCAUUGGACAAAACUUUGCAAUGAUGGAAGCAAAGAUGGGAAUAGCAACGAUUUUGCAACAUUUCUCAUUUGAACUUUCACCAACCUAUGCUCAUGCUCCAUCCACCAUGAUUACUCUUCAACCACAGUAUGGUGCUCAAAUUGUUAUACGUAAAGUGGAGACAUAAAAACUGAAUCAUAGUACGAUGAGGAAGUGUGAAUUCUAUUAUCUAGUAAGAAUGUUCACAAAUGUCAUAUUGUAAUUUUAAAUUACGAGGCAUCUUGUUUUCUUUCCCAUAAAUAUAAAUAGAAACUUUUUAGAUUA